CAAAACACUUCACAAUUGAAGAAGUGCCUCUGAAGAGUGGUCACUGUUGAAUUUGGAGUCAGGAUGGAGUGCGACUUCCUCCCACCCCAGGUCUGAGCUGGCUGAUGAGACGCUGAUUCAUGCUGGCUAAUGGUCUGGAGCUGGAAUCCUGUGGAAAUUUCCCUCCUAGCAGUAAAGGCACCGAGUCCAGUUAUAGGGCCAAACUGAUGCCAACUGAGAUCAGAGAUAUGGAUUUGAUUGAAAAUCAACUGGAGCUCCUUUUGAAAGGAGGAGGCAUGGAGGUACAGAACUACGACUCCCCCCUGGAUGAAGUGGUACCAGUAAUUGUGCGGAAGACCGUUUGUUACAUCGUGGCUGCGAUAAUACUAAAUGAGCAGAAAGAAGUGGUGAUGAUGCAGGAGGCAAAGCAGGAAUGUUACGGCAAGUGGUACCUGCCAGCCGGGAGGAUGGAACAAAAUGAAACCAUUGUCGAGGCUGUGAAGAGAGAAGUUCAAGAAGAAACCGGUUUGGAGUGCGAGCCCUACACCCUGCUGAGCGUGGAGGAAAGAGGUCCACGGUGGAUCCGUUUCGUUUUCCUGGCAAGAGUUACAGGAGGGAACUUGAAGACUACAUCAGAGAGCGAUGCAGAAUCCUUGCAGGCGAGAUGGUGGGACAGAGUGUCGCCACUUCCACUGAGAGCCAGAGACAUCUUAAAUUUGAUCUCAUUUGCUGUCAAACACAAAGAGAAAGCUUCUCAUCCAGUGACUAUGCCUGUUGAGUUGCCCUGCUCAGUUGUGUGUCACCGAGUAGUAUCAGCCUUUCUCAACAAGAACAAUGAACUGUGGCUGCUGAGCAACAAUCAGGGCUACCCUCAUUUCCCCGUGACAGUUUGUGGCUCCUCCUCGGCUGACCUAUCUUGCAGCGUAGAAGUGGCCAUCUACAGACUGAUCAAGGAGUGCUUGAGGGAUUCGCAGGUCAAGGUGAAAACUCAUGGUAUCUUGGGGUUGCAGCACAGCAGUGGAAUCACUGGGAAGACAGAUGGUGUUUGUUUCAAUGUGCUAGUUACUGUCGCCCAGAUGGAAACUACAUUCGGCCAGUUCCCUCCAGAUAUUAACAACGUGAAGUACGCUUGGCACAAAGUGGAUAAUGAUGAUUUAAAAAUUCAGUUGUUAGAGAGAUUGUCAUUUUCUUCUGUUGUGCCAUUUUUGAAUUAAAGUGACAAGGGAACCGGA